GAUCUGGGCAGUCCCUCACCCGGCCUGGCAGUGAGGUUGUGGUGGUGGUGCCAAACGCAGGUGGAGACAGGGGCUCUGUAUCGAUACUACAUCGGAUUGACGAGCGCUGUGGAGAGCGAGAUGGCGCUGGGCCGCGCGUGCCUGACGCUGCUGCUGCUGCUGCUGGCCGCCACCCCGCGCUCGGUUGUUGCCGAACUAAGCCAGACGGUCGGGUGCGGGAGCUACCAGCUGGCGCCCGGGCAUAUCCUCACCAUCAAAGGAUCCUCUCAGCCCUGCGCCUGGACUUUUACUGGACCAAAGGACAGCAAAGUGGAGGCCGCGUGUUCGGACGUCUCCAUUCCCAGGACGCGAAGGUGCAACAACGCUGCCCUGAUGGUCUCCACGCCCAGGUCGAACACGGCCAGGAUGUGCGGUCGGAGGUCCUUCCUGACGAUCAAAAGGAACAGUGACAGCAUGACCAUCUCGAGCGCCCCGCAGGGGAGGACCAAGAACGUCUUCUCCUGCGACGUCUUCCUCAGGAUGCCAAGGAAUGCACGAUACGACUGCCAGUGUGGAAUCGAAUACCCUGCCCGCAUCAUAGGAGGUUCCACACCCGCUGUGAAUCAGUACCCUUGGAUAGCUAAUCUCAGAUACAGUAACAUGAAGAAGGUCAUUUGUGGAGCAGUGGUCGUCUCUGACUCACACGUGAUCACGGCAGCGCACUGUAUGAAUGGCUUGGUCGUGAAGAGACUGAGGGUGACGGUCGCGGAACACAACCUAAAGACCACUGGGAGAGAAACGACAGAAAUUGCCAGAUUACCUCCCCCAAUACAAUCCUUAUCCGCCCCGUUUCCCCAGGGACCAAAGGACAGCAAAGUGGAGGCCGCAUGUUCGGACGUCUCCAUUCCCAAGACGCGAAGGUGCAACAACGCUGCCCUGAUGGUCUCCACGCCCAGGUCGAACACGGCCAGGAUGUGCGGUCGGAGGUCCUUCCUGACGAUCAAAAGGAACAGUGACAGCAUGACCAUCUCGAGCGCCCCGCAGGGGAGGACCAAGAACGUCUUCUCCUGCGACGUCUUCCUCAGGAUGCCAAGGAAUGCACGAUACGACUGCCAGUGUGGAAUCGAAUACCCUGCCCGCAUCAUAGGAGGUUCCACACCCGCCGUGAAUCAGUACCCUUGGAUAGCUAAUCUCAGAUACAGUAACAUGAAGAAGGUCAUUUGUGGAGCAGUGGUCGUCUCUGACUCACACGUGAUCACGGCAGCGCACUGUAUGAAUGGGUGAGU